GUUUCUUGUUAUUCACAUCAAUGACUACUACACAUCCUUUAGUUGAAUUCGACGAACAGAUAUCUCUUUCUCCUCUUCCGCCAAUCCAUGCACGAUUUUUUGUUCCUCGUUUCGUGGAAAAGCCUCAAGACCCAAUCAUGGAUACCUUGAGGCUUCAUGCGUCGAAUCCGAGUUCUGACAGCCGUUUUCGACUAGAUCAAAUACCCAAAGAGCUCUCACUUAUCCCCGGACAAAGGAUACGUCUGGAAUCGCCUCUAUUAGAGAAAUCUGUCUGGCAAAACGCGCUAAAGCUUGAUACUCGCGGACGUUAAAAUACACUCCUGGGACAGUCUUCGGUCAAAUGCGCCAAUAUCUGCCUCUUUCGGCGGCUUUUUAUCCGAGCAAGACGGUAUUAUGUUCGCUGCUGCUCACUAUCAGGCCCUUCCGAGACUGCAAGAUGCACAUAGCGUUGUUCAAUAUCUGACCAUUCCGAAUUUACUGAAGAACAUGAAAUUAACUGUCCUUGGCUUCUCCUCGUUAUUGUAUGAAUGGGAUCCUGUGGAAGAACGGUUUCUCGACAUCGGUCUGAGUAAAGAAAAUAUGCGUCAGAGGCUCGUCAUUGAGGGGAAGGACGAAGUCAUUAGUUCAGACUUCAUUUCGCGGUUCAUACAAAUCGGCGAGUCCCUUCGCAGGCUUGAAACAUUGGUAGAACAAUUGCGCUCCAGAUCUAACAUAGGCCCUACCAUACAUGCUUUCGCACAUGCGUUAUCGACAUGUCUCGUCCAAAUACGAGGUUCAUUAGCUUCGGGCCCUCCUUCAGAAGACCAACUAUAUGCAAGCCAUUUAACAUUACAUUCUAUCUUCAUGUAUUACGAUCAGCAUGAAGAAGUCUUAUCAGCCCUGUCGCGCCUGUGCAAACGACAAGGUGAAGGACUUUCGCCGAAAGAUUAUGAGGCAAUACCCUCGUCUCCUCAAGCCCUCCUCUCGCUCAUUCAUGACCAUUUACAUGACCAUAUAGAAUCUCAAUCCCCACAUCAUAUCAACGCGACACUUGCAUUCAUUCUAACCGGUGCAUCGACCGAAUAUCUCAAAGACGUAUCUCGUAGCGUCGGAUUUGGCAGUAGUGAAAGUUCGUUGGGGGACUCCAGCUUUUCGAGAGAAUAUCCAACUUUCUUUCCUAAGGAACUCCUUGAUGCUCUCCCAAUUGCACAGAGGUCCCUAGAAUUACUACGCGUUGCUCAACCCGAUCACCCCAUCCUUAAGGGUUCUAGACGCUUAUCGGAUAUCCAAUGGUUCUGGACGUCAGAGGAUAUCUUAGCUGCUGUAACCGGCAGUGAAGAAACCACAACAGAAAUUUUGGCCCCUAUAAAGACCGCUGACCAGUCAUCAUCAAUUGCCUAUCUUCCCGCACUUGCAGAGUUCCAUAUUUUUGACUUGGAGCCCGGAAGUUUGAAUGGACGGUCGUGCUUUGACACGGUCUAUACUUCUGGCCCUACCCUUGCUUUAAACGAUUUCAUCAAAAGCUUUCCCUCAUCCUUCCCCCCGAUUGCGCCUACUCUGGCACAUCUCACAUCUCUGGUUCUGAAGCCACUUCUUCUGCACGCCACAACGCUAUCCACCACUCUUCUGUCCCUUUUUUUAGCGUUGCCUCCUCCACUAGAUAUUCACUCUCAUUUACGCCUCAUACGGUCUUAUAUGCUCUUGAUGUCCCCGUCAUUCCGAAGACGGUUGUCAGCUGCAUUGUUUUCUGAUUCGGGAAACUUUGACGCUGACGCUGAGUCUUCGCAUGCGUUUUCCCUUGGAUCUCUACGACAUGGUACACAACGGGCUGAUUUGCGACGUAAAACCUGGGCUGUAGGUCUUGCGCCUGCUUUACUCGAUAGAGCAACAUGGCCUCCCAUGGACACGGAUCUCAGUUUCUUCUUGAGAACUGUUAUUUUAGAUUCUUAUGAAGUCAAUGCUAACGACGAAGCACGGCGAGAUCGGGUUGAGGAAAUUGAAAACCGAUUGGGUUUUGCUGUUCGACAUACUUCAACGGGUCAUUCUAAUGCAUGGUCAAACCCAUUGCACGUGGAAGCUCUGGAUUUCCUCUACAUGGAAUAUAAACCUCCGCAGCCUUUGGACGUCGUCAUAACUCCAGAUAUUCUAUCCAAAUACCAACGAAUUUUCUCAUUUCUCCUCCGUAUACUCCGCGUUCAACAUGCUCUCCAUGCAGUACUCCGUAUGUCAACCUCCACUAAUCCAUACGUCUUCGGGACACUUGCCUCCUCACGCAAGAUGCUACUGCAUUUCCGGUUCAUAGCUCAGUCUUUCGUCGCAAAUCUGGUUGAAUAUGUGUAUGAUACCGCUAUUGCCGGGAACCUUGACCCAUUUUUGGCGAAACUAGAGGAAAAGGAAGGAAAUUCCGGAACGACACAUACUCGGUAUUCGGACGUAUUCUCUCUAGCUGAAGCUCAUUCGGGUGUCAUGGACGACAUUUUGACCGCGUGCCUUUUGAGAAGCGGACAGAAGAUUGCAGGCGGUGCACUGCGAGACUCAUUAGAGCUCGUACUAGAUUUUACAGUCCUUGUGGGUGACUUGUAUCGAGGGCGGAUUGAAGAGUACCAGGCUGCUUCGGUACUGGAGAACCUGUACAUUCAGUUUCGAAAUAAUAUGUCCAAUCUGGUUGAAGUCCUGAGUGGCACAGUAGACAAAAAUGUGUCUCUACGUACUUCACUUGAAGUCCCGCACUCAACCGGUGUGCAAGAUACUUACAAAGCUGUUGGAGGAGUUGAGGCCCUAUCACACCUGUUGAUUCGCCUCGAUUUCGGUGAAUUUUGGUUUCAUGCAAGCGAUAGGCACAGAUAAUAUCGAUUGUAUGCAUAGUGCAAGCUAGUGUAAGACGGUAUUAUCAUUCAAGUAACGUCAGAUGGUACAGACAAACAACUCGGAACACAACAUCAAAGUAGUAAACAUAACGACGA